AUGCACUUCUCCUCCUCUUCCUUCUUCCUCAUCUUACUCACUACGGUCCCGCUGGCAUUGGGCAUUCAGGCGGAGACGGCAAUGGGCACCAGGCUCGCUGAUAGGGUUAUAGAGGCUAGCAAGAAGAAGUCGGAGGAGCUCCUCAAUGAGGUCUGUGCCUCCACCACCUGGCUUGGCCUUGGUCAGCAUCAACCUCAACAGGUUCACGAACAGAUUAAGUCGCUGACCAGCGACUUGGACCAAAGCACGGCAGAGCAGAAGAAGGACUUGGACUUGUUGAAGCAGGAUGAGGACUAUCAGGAUAAGGCCCUCGAGCAUACGGAGGCCAGGCUUAAAGAUAUUGCCAAUGAGAAAAUCACACUUCCCGAUUCGGUGAUGAGCAGCUUUAUGCAGAACAAGGCUGGUCAAGGGGAUAUCUUCGCACCUUUGAGGAGGGCCGCUGAGAAGGCUAGGGAAUUCGCCGAGAAGCUGAUGAACAGCUCGGUCGCUUUCGCUCGCUCGGCUGGAGGGCAUCCAGGCGAAGGGAAGAACUCCUCAUCUUUCCUCGAGGCCAAGGAUGUGGGGUACUUCCUUGGUGAUGCUGGUUCCCUAGGGACCGAGGAUGCUGAUACGGAUGCUGCUGAGAGGGGCCUUAGCUUGGCUCAGGAUGGGAUCGCCAAGCUUGACGCUGAUAUUGCGGCUCAGAGGAAGAUGUUGGCCACUGAAAGGGCCGAUCUAGAGAAGGAAAAGGAGUCUACCGCCAAGCUCGAGCUGGGGGAUGCCACUUUGGACGCUAAAGGAUCCUCAGUGGCGUCGCCAGAGGCACAGCUUGUUGAUCCCCUCGAGGACUCCUCAACUGAGUUCCCCGGCAUCUCUUUCCUCGAGACCCAUAACAGGGCGAGCUCGGUGGCUGCUGCCUCCAGGGCCCGGCUGAGCUCGUGGCUUCAGAGGUUCAGGAUGAAGCUGAACAAGGCUAGGGUGGCGGCUGGUCUUCCUGAGCUGCUUGUCAAUUCGUCCCAAAAGGUAACCGCUACGAAGGAGGAUAAGCCUGUAGAGAAGAAAGACGCGGGACUCGAGAAGAGCUCCCACACUAACAUGGAGAAGAUGGGAGAACAGAAGGAGUCCUUCCUGGAGUGGGCUCCUCUAAACUUUGGCCGUAUGUCAUUACACCCUGAAAUUUCCCUGGCGACCGCCACCACUGCUAAUGCGGACUUCUCCUCUUUUUUGGAGACUGGCCGUCGCCGCCGCAAUCCAGAGUCUGAGCGUGCCGAGUCUCUGUUGAAUCGUGUUGAAGACUUCGUUGUUCGUGAUGAGAUAAAGACCAAGGCUGAGCUUCAAGCCCUCCGCGGUGACGCUGCUGGUGCUACUCCUGGAGUUCUGGCCGAGGUGGCUCGCCAUGGGGUGCAUUGA